GACCCGGAAGCGUUCGGCGCCGCGGUGACGAGUCUCUGGAGCCUCUGGUUCAGCGAGCGGGGCGCGAAGAACAAGGAGGCGUUGGAAGAGAUCGACCUGAUGAUCGGGAGCGGCGAGGCCUGCUGGGAGGACGCGUCGCAGGCGGCCGCGGAGCUGGUCGAGGUCCACCCGGACUGGCCCGAGCCGCUGAACCGGCUCGCGACGCUGAAGUACCUCACGGGUGACUUCGCGGAGAGCGUCGAGCUCUGCGAGCGGGUCCUGGCGCUGAAGCCGCACCACUUCGGCGCGCUCAGCGGCAUCUGCAUGUGCCACGCGAAAUUGGGC